GCACAGGAAUUUCCCGGCAUCCCUCCCACGCAUGUCUGUCACCCCAAGCUGACAUUAGAGACAGUGAAGGGGAGGAGAGAGGCCGCGCAGUCUGGACACACAGCUCUCCCGACUCGGACAAGUUGUUCAGGUACCCGGACGCAUGCACCUCCUAGUGCUUGGGAUUCUGUUCGCCCUCCAUCCUGCAGCUUUUGCCCCUGUUCUUUGUCCUUUCGUAUUGUUGGUGAGGAUAUCACAGUGAUGUCUGCAUUCAACCUCCUCCAUUUGAUGACAAAGAGCCAGCCAGUGGCCCUGCGGGCCUGUGGGCUUCCCUCAGGGUCACGCAAGGUAAAGAAGACCUGCAAGGUGAUUUUUACAGAACAAGAAUUAAGACAACGUCUGACGCCCAAACAAUACCAUGUCACCCAAGAAAAAGGGACCGAAAGUGCCUUCGCUGGAGAAUAUACGCACAAUACAGCGCCUGGCACAUACACGUGUGUAGUCUGCGGAGCUGUUCUUUUUAAGUCUGAAAAAAAAUUUGACUCCAACUCUGGUUGGCCCUCAUUUUCUGAUGUUGUCAAUCCAGAAACAAUAUCAUUUGCUGAUGACUUUUCAUAUGGGAUGCACAGAGUAGAAGCAAGCUGCAGUCAGUGCGGUGCCCAUCUUGGUCAUGUAUUCGAGGAUGGCCCUCGUCCAACUGGAAAAAGAUACUGUAUAAAUUCAGCAUCACUGAACUUCGUAGCAGAGGCAUCAGGUGGUGCCGAAGGAACUAGUGCCUCAGGAGCAUCUCCAAAGACUGAACUGUAAAAGCAGACCCUAUCACAAUAAAGCUUUCUGAUCAUCAGAUCUGUACUUUAACAGCCAUUCUGCAGAUUUGACAUACUAAUCCUUAAAUUAGGAAGGAAUCAUCACCUUAGGAACAAUACUUACAUUUAUUAUUUUCGCUGAAGUUUUUUUUUUGCUUGCAAACAUUAAUUAUUUUCACACUACUUGUUAUAAAGACUAUCACAGACUGUAAAAAUAUAUCUUUAUCAUAGUUAGAGAAUUGAAUAUGAUAUUACAAGAUUUAUAUUCCUUUACAGCAGGCCAAAGUUCAAAUGUUAGAAAGAUAAACAUUUUCUUUAUUUUUGUCCAUCUUUUUUAUUCUUUAUCUGACUAAUGCUGUUUCAUGACACCUUGGUGCCCCACUAGUAGCGAGAUAUUGAAUGCAUCUCCUUAAAAGAAGACCAACUGUUGUAGAAGUGGGGAACUAGGCUUUGUUAUAAUAAAAAUACAAGUUCACCAUUGUAA